CUCCCCUCGGCUGCGCCAUGGCGGCCCCCGGCAACAUCGUGUCCGUUAUGGCGAGUAAGACCAAGACCAAGAAGAAGCACUUCGUGGCGCAAAAAGUGAAGCUGUUCCGGGCCAGCGACCCGCUGCUCAGCGUCCUCAUGUGGGGGGUCAACCACUCGAUCAAUGAACUGAGCCAUGUUCAAAUCCCUAUUAUGUUGAUGCCAGAUGAUUUCAAAGCAUAUUCAAAGAUAAAGGUGGACAAUCACCUUUUCAACAAAGAAAACAUGCCAAGUCAUUUCAAAUUUAAGGAAUAUUGUCCAAUGGUAUUCCGCAAUCUGAGAGAGAGAUUUGGAAUAGAUGAUCAGGACUUUCAGAAUUCCUUGACGAGAAGUGCUCCACUUGCUAAUGAUUCUCAAGCACGAAGUGGUGCCCGUUUUCACACCUCAUAUGACAAAAGAUAUAUUAUCAAAACUAUAACAAGUGAAGAUGUAGCAGAAAUGCACAACAUUCUGAAGAAAUAUCAUCAGUAUAUUGUGGAGUGUCAUGGGAUUACGCUUCUUCCCCAGUUUUUUGGCAUGUACCGGCUUACCGUUGAUGGAGUUGAGAUAUAUAUGAUUGUAACAAGAAAUGUGUUCAGCCAUCGUUUGUCUGUUUAUAGAAAAUAUGAUUUAAAGGGCUCUACUGUGGCUAGAGAAGCCAGUGACAAAGAAAAGGCCAAAGAGCUGCCAACAUUCAAAGACAAUGAUUUUAUUAAUGAUGGCCAAAAGAUUUAUAUUGAUGAAAACAACAAAAAGGUGUUCCUUGAAAAGCUCAAAAAGGAUGUGGAGUUCCUUGCUCAGUUAAAACUCAUGGACUACAGCUUGCUGCUUGGAAUUCAUGAUGUCGAGAGAGCUGAACAGGAAGAGGUAGAGUGUGAGGAAAAUGAUGGAGAAGAUGAAGGGGAAAGUGAUGGGACCCACCCUAUUGGAACGCCUCCAGACAGUCCAGGAAAUACACUGAACAGCUCACAGCCUUUGGCUCCAGGGGAAUUUGAUCCAGCCAUUGAUGUUUAUGGAAUAAAAUGCCAUGAAAAUGCACCUAGGAAGGAGGUAUACUUUAUGGCCAUUAUUGACAUUCUUACUCAUUAUGAUGCAAAAAAGAAAGCUGCCCAUGCUGCAAAAACUGUUAAACAUGGUGCAGGUGCAGAGAUUUCAACCGUUAACCCUGAACAGUAUUCAAAGCGCUUCUUGGACUUUAUCGCCAAUAUCUUGACGUAACCUAUCAUGUUACAUAGGACAAACACCAGACCUGGGGACAGCAUCGGUGGCUACAAGUGUAGGGAAAAGAAAGGAACUCAGAGAAGUGCUCAUCUUGCAGAAAGCCAACCCCCUUGUUUACAUCUGCUGGUAAAGAUGACUAAUUUGGGGUGGAAUACUCGCUUUAACAGCUGCCUGAUAUUCCCAGCAUAGUUCUAGCUAUUUCUGACUUUUUUGUGUGUGCAAAAAAUAUAUAUAUAAAUUAAUUAAUUAAUUGAAAAGAUCAGCUUUACUCAGAGUGCAUUGCAAUGGCAACACUCCGAUGCUACUAGCUGAAAUGGAAUGAAUGAGCAGAGGUGUGAGGGUGGGAGAGGAGUAAAUGCAUGUUAAAUCUACAAUAUUGGUAUCAAAUUGUAAACUGUGGAUCAGUUUAUUUUUUGAAUGAAAGGAUGCAAGACAGUAUUCAUGAUGAUAAUAAUGAUAAUAAUAAUAAUAAUAAUAAAACCUUUACUGCAAAUGUUACACUUAUACCCUGCACGCUGGCACUCCUUAAAAAUAGCAGCAACAUUAAACCCUUGGUGCUGGAAGCUUUUCUGUUAGCUCCAUUGCUUUUUUUUUUUUUUUUU